GUGUGCCGUGUGGCGCUUGCCAAAAUCUACGCUGCCGACUUUUUCUCUAUAAACAAGGAAAAGCGUGGAUAUACAUCAUACACGGUGUGACGGUGCAUACACGUACGGCAUUUUUUCGUCCGCGUUCCGGUGUCGUCAUCGAUUUGCCAGACAAACGCAGUGAUGCGCAUUGUGAAUUUUGUCAUUUUUAGCGUUUGGGAAACUUUUCCCUUUUUUUGCAUCACAUCCUGAAGUUUAAAACGCCGUGAAGUGAAGCUUUUUUAAAAGAUUUUGCGAUUGCCAUAACGUUAUUUUAUCGGAAUUAUUGAAAAUGUCUCGCUUCAUGCCUUUAUCGCGUCGAAAGAUCCCGAGUCGGAGGCCGAAUCGGAGAGCUCUGAGGACUGACCAAGAGUCGCCUCCAAGUUCCCGGCGUAUCUGAUCGAUGAAGAGGAGGAAUCCAAGCGCACUCUGCGCAGUGCCAAGGAUAAACGUUUCGAGGAAAUUCGAAUCCAAGCCGUUAUCAAAGGCCUCAGAAAUUCGAAGAAGAUCAAAGAUUGAUACAAAGUUCUUCAAGAGUUCGACCAAUUGACGAAGCUGUUUUCCAAAUCUCAGAAGGGGAUUGAGAAGGAAGGUAUCCCGGUAUUCUACAUUCGAUGCCUAGUUAAGAUAGAGGAUUUUGUUAAUCAGUGUUGGACGGACAAUAGCACUUUGAAUAAAUUGAAUUUAAAGAGUCUGGGAAGUCUCAGAUCCAAGCUUCGAAAUUACAACAAUGAUGAAACGGAUCGAAUCCGUUCCCGGGCGAUUUUGAUGCGCGUGUAUCAUUUGGCACUGCAUAAUGAGUGGUACGAUGCUCCUGAUUUGAUGUCGAUGAGCAAAGCGCAACAGAUCAUCCAACUUGCUGAUCCGCCGACGCAAGUGCUGUACAAUCGGGUGAUGGUGCAGCUGGGUAAAGAUUUCCGUCAAGGAAAUGUCAAUGAAGCGCACAACGCUCUUAUGGACAUUCAAAGCAGCGGUCGUCCCAAAGAGUUAUUGGCUCAAGGAUUGCUACCGGUGCGGCAGCACGAGCGCAGCGCGGAACAGGAAAAGAUUGAAAAGCGUCGCCAGAUUCCCUUCCAUAUGCAUAUCAACCUGGACGUCCUGGAGUGCGUCUACUUGGUGUCCGCCAUGUUCAUCGAAGUCCCGUAUUUGGCUGCGCAUGAGAACGACCAGCGUCGCCGCAUCAUCUCCAAAUACUUCUAUCAUUCUAUGAAGCAGAGCGAACGUCACGCCCUCUCCGGUCCCCCGGAAACGCUGCCCGAGUACGUCAUCGCCGCCAGUAAGGCCAUGAAGACCGGCGACUGGAAGAAGUGCCGUGAGCUGAUUCUGUCGGAGAAACUGGGCAAACGCGUCUGGGAUUUCUUUUAUGAGCCGGACAAGAUUAAGGCUAUGUUGGAGAGGAAGAUCCAGGAGAACAGUUUGCGGUGCUUCAUGUAUACCAAUUCCGCGUUCUACGACUCCAUUUCCGUGAAGACGCUGGAAACCAUGUUUCUGCUGAGCAAGGAGGACAUUCUCAGUCUGAUUGGUAAGAUGGUCGUUAGCGAAAACCUGGCGGCCUCGGUCGAUGCCCCCAGCCAGACUGUGAUCAUGCACCGGACGGAACCGAGUCGGGUACAGCAGUUGUCGCUGCAGUUGGCUGACAAGCUGAUCAACCUGGUGGAGAACAAUGAAAGGAUGCUGGAGAUGAAGAAUCCGACCUUCCAACGCCAGGGCAAGGAGGCUGGCAGGAUCGCCGACAGUACCGCGAAAACCGGGAACAGCGUGAUCAGCGACAGCGCGAAGCUGCUGAAUAUUGAGCUUUUGUAAGGCAGUUUUGUUGAUGUGCUAAUGCUGAGUACUUACUAAUUUUAUAUUUAUUAAUAGCUGUUUUUCAUGAUAUGUAUAGGUUUCGAUUUUUUCACGUUCAUUGUAUGAGUGGUCUGCUUAAUUGAAUAAAUUUUACAAGGGUAUAAAAACUUGCGGGAAUUAGUAAAAUUUGUGCGUUCGCAUCUUCGACUGGGUGAAAAUGUGAACGCGCACAAUCUCUGCUUUUAUACAGUAGUAAUCAACCAAACUCAUCUGCCACAGUUUGUAGGCUAUUGCAUGAAAAUAGUGAGUGAAAAAUUAUUAAUCACUGAAUUUUAUUCUAAUGGA